AUGGAAGAUGACAUGAGGAAAGGAGGGGAAGGAGGAUUUGACUGCUUGUUAUUUGCGUUGGGAUUUAAGUCUCAUCUCCUUUUAACUCGCCAAAUACGCAAGGAAACGACCGUCCUUGUUUGGUUAUGUGUAUAUUUGUUGCGUCUUGAUAAUGAUUCUUUUGGGUGGGUUAUGAAAAGGAAUGAUGGGCAGGGAAAGGCAUUGAACGGAAACGAAAAAAGGCAGAGGGAGGGGAUGGAAGCUUAA